UAAGAAAAUCUAGUAAAUCUAUAUCCGUUGAAUUCAAUGUUGAGGAUCCUUUUAUGGUGAACUUUGGGAUUCGUUCAAUCUAGAAAAACUCAGGACCAUCUCAAUACAACAGAAAGGAAGGAUAUCACAAUGAAAGCAGUUAUCCUUGUUGGUGGAUUUGGUACCCGCUUGAGGCCCUUGACACUCACUAAGCCAAAGCCACUUGUUGAGUUUGCAAAUAAGCCAAUUAUUUUACAUCAGAUUGAGGCCCUUAAAGAUGUGGGAGUUACUGAAGUCAUCUUGGCUAUCAAUUACCAACCACAGGUCAUGCGGAGUGUCUUAGAGGAAUUUGAGAUGAAGGUUGGGAUCAAGAUCACUUGCUCACAGGAGACAGAGCCUCUGGGUACAGCAGGGCCACUGGCCCUUGUGAGAGAAAAGCUGUGCGAGUCUGAUGAGCCAUUCUUCGUCCUCAAUAGUGAUGUUACCUGCAGGUAUCCAUUGAAAGAAAUGAUUGAAUUCCACAAAGCUCAUGGAGGAGAAGCAUCAAUUUUGGUCACUAAGGUGGAUGAACCUUCAAAAUAUGGUGUUGUCGUUCUUGAUGAGGAAACAGGAAGGGUGAGGAACUUCGUGGAGAAACCAAAGAUCUUUGUUGGUAACAAGAUAAAUGCUGGAAUCUACAUCCUGAACACCUGUGUUCUUAACAGAAUUCAGCUAAGGCCUACAUCAAUAGAGCGAGAAGUCUUCCCUGUCAUUGCAAAUGAAGGACACCUCUUUGCCAUGGUCUUAUCUGGGUUCUGGAUGGAUAUUGGACAGCCCAAGGAUUAUCUUAAGGGCUUGAGAUUGUACUUGGAACAUGAAAGAAGGAAUUCAUCCCAAGACCUCUCUAGAGGAUCCAAUAUCAUUGGAAAUGUUCUCAUUGACAGCAGUGCCAAAGUUGGAGAAGACUGCAUCAUUGGACCUGAUGUAGUUGUUGGCCCUGAUUGUGUGAUAGAAUCCAGAGUGAGACUCUCGUCGUGCACACUGAUGAAGGGAGUCAGAGUGAAAAGCUCUGCUCAUGUGUCUGGCAGCAUCAUUGGAUGGUAUUCAACUAUCGGAGAGUCAGUUCUGAUCGGCAAUAUGGCGGUUCUUGGGGAGGAUGUCCAUGUUAGUGACACAAUGUACCUGAAUGGCGUAGUGGUUCUCCCACACAAGGAGAUAAAAUCACAUUUUGUUAAGCCAGAAAUCAUAAUGUGAGUGAAAAUGCAAUGUACGACCAAGAUGAAGUGAUUCACAUGUCAUAAACUCUGUGCCAGGUUUUUGUAUCUUUUCAUUUCCAGAUGAUUAGGGUCUUGAUAAAAAAAAAAUUUCUUCUUGUAGCUUCACAAACACCUACCUUGAUUGUACCUUCUUCAUU